GUAAAGAUGCGUGGGAUCUCUGUUAGUUGUGCACUCGCAGCACUGCUGCUGGCUGCAGUCUGGGCAGACCACCACCAAGACCAUCACCACGGCUCUGAUCACAGCCACGAGGGACGAAUGAGCUGCCACAAGCUGACGGCGCCCAAUGCCGACUUUGCCUUUGCUCUCUACAAAAGCCUGAACGCCAACGCUGCUGCUGGAAAGAACAUCUUCUUCUCACCGCUGGGCAUCUCCACCGCCCUGUCCAUGCUGUCCACAGGGGCCGCUGCCGAAACCCACCGCCAGCUGUUCUCCACCUUGGGCUACGGCGCCUUGAACCAGACUCAGGUCAACGAAGCGUACGAGCAUCUCCUCCACAUGUUGGGACACGGCCCGAGGGAUCAGCAGCUGGAUGUGGGUAACGCCGUGGCCCUGCGCUCCGGCUUCAGUCCUCUGGAGACGUUCCUGAACGACGUCAGGCGUCACUACUCUGGUGAAGUCUUCAGCGUGAAUCUAACCAAACCUGCAGAGGCUGCAGAUGAGAUCAACGCAUUCAUUGCUAAUAAAACCCAGGACAAGAUCAAAGACAUGGUGAAGGACCUGGACGCUGAAAUGGUCAUGGUGCUGAUCAACUACGUCUACUUUAAAGGUAAGAGACAAGUCCAAGUCCAUGUCUCGUUGAGUGGUUUACCAGCAGGCAAAGACACAAACUCACCACAUGAACAUGAUGUAAACAUGAAGUAUGAUGAUUGUUGAGCAUAUUUUAACA